GAUGCAAAAACAAAUUUGGCUUCCAAAACCACCCCUCCAACAUCCUCAACUUUAGCACCAGUGUCAACUACUGAUCUAGCAGCAACAACCAUGCCUGACACCACACAAACUACUGAUGCAACAACAACUUUGGCUUCCACAAUCACUCCUCCAGCAUCCUCAACUGUAGCACAAUCGUUGACAACUGAUGCAGCAACCACAACUAUUUCUGACAGAAAAACAACUAUUGAUGCAAUAACAAUUUUGGAUUCCACAACCAUGCCAUCAACAUUCUCAGCCGCCGCAUCAAUGUUGACAUCUGAUGCAGCAACCAAAACGAUGCCUGACACUACUACAGCUGCUGUUGCAACAACAUCUUUGAUUACCACACCGACCUUUUCAACAUACUCAACUGUGGCAACAAGGUCAACAACAUCUGAUGUAGCAACCACAAGUAUGUCUGACACAACAACACCUACUGAUACAAUAACAACUUUGGCUUCCACAACCACCCUUCCAACAUCCUCAACUAUAGCUCCAGCGUCAACUACUGAUGCAGCAACCACAACUGUGCCAGACACCACAACAACUAUUGAUGUAACAACUCUGGCUUCCACAAGCACCCCUCCAACAUUCUCAACUGUAGCACCAGCAUCAGUAACUGAUGCAGCAACAACAACUAUGCCUGACACCACAAAAACUACUGAUGCAAAAACAAUUUUGACUUCUACAACCAAGCCUCCAACAUCCUCAACUGAUGCAGUAAAAACAACUAUGCCUGGCACCACAAAACCUACUCAUGCAACAACAACUUUGGCUUCCACAACCACUCCUCCAGCAUCCUCAACUGUAGCACAAACGUUGACAACUAAUGCAGCAACAACAACUAUGCCUGACACCACAAAACCUACUGAUGCAAAAACAAUUUUGGCUUCAACAACCACCACUCCAACAUCCUCAACUGUAGCACAAACAUUGACAACUCAUGCAACAACCACAACUAUGUCUGACAGCACAACAACUAUCGAUGCAACAACAACUAUGGCUUCCACAACCACCCCUCCAACAUUCUCAACUGCAGUACCAACGUCAACAACUGUAACACCAGUUUCAACAACUGAUGCAGCAAUCACAACUAUGUCUGACACCACAACAACUAUUGAUGCAAUAACAAUUUUGGAUUCCACAACAAUAUCAUCAACAUUGUCAGCUGCAGCAAAGAUGUUGACAUCUGAUGCAGCAACCAAAAUGAUGCAUGACACCACCACAGCUGCUGAUGCAAUAACAUCUUUGGCUUCCACAACCAACCACCCAGCAUCCUCAACUGUAGCACCAACAUCAGCAACCACAACUGUGCCAGAGACUGCAACAACUAUUGAUGCAACAACAACUAUAGCUUCAACAACCAUCCUUCCAACAUCCUCAACUACAGUACCAACACCAACAACUGUAGCACCAGUGUCAACAACUGAUGAUGCAACAUCCAUUAUGCCUAACACCACAAAAACUACUGAUGCUACAACAACUUUGGCUCCUACAACCACUCCUCCAGAAUCCUUAGCAGUAGCAAAAACAUUGAAAACUGAUGCAGCAACCAUAACUAUGUCUGACAGCACAACAACUAUUGAUGCAACAACCAGUAUGGCUUCCACAACCACCCCUCCAACGUCAAUAACUCAUGCAACAACCACAACUAUGCCUGAUACCACAACAACUAUUUAUGCAACAACAACUUUGGCUUCCACAUCAACUCCUCCAGCAUCCUCAACUGUAGCACAAACGUUGACAACUGAUGUAACAAAAACAAAUAUGCCUGACACCACAAAAACUACUGAUGCAAAAACAAAUUUGGCUUCUACAACCAACCCUCCAACAUCCUCAAUUGUAGCACCAGCAUCAGCAACUAAUGCAGUAACAACAACUAUUCCUGACACCACAAAAACUACUGAUGCAACAACUUUGGCUUCUACAACCACUCCUCCAGAAUCCUCAACAGUGGCAAAAACAUUGACAACUGAUGCAGCAACCAUACCUAUGUCUGACAGAACAACAACUAUUGAUGCAACAACUAGUAUGGCUUCCACAGCCAACCCUCCAGCGUCAUCAACUCAUACAACAACCACAACUAUGCCUGACAAAAUAACAACUAUCGGUGCAUCAAAAACAACUAUGGCUGCCACAACCACCCCUCUGGCAUCCUCAUAUAUAGCACCUAUGUUGACAUCUGAUGCAGUGACCACAACAAUACAUGACAUUUCACCUAUAACUAUUGGUGGGAAAAUUACAACUUUGAUUCCGAAAAUAACAGAAAAUCAUCCAACAACUUCUGUUAUGUCACAAACCACAACAAUUCCAUCCACAACUAUUGGUGAGACAACUACAUUUUUGGCUCCCACAAUCACAACGCCUCCUCAAAAAGUAGUGGAGAAGUCAACAACAGCGCCAACCACUACAGUUUUUUCAAUAACUACACCUGAAACCACAAAAACACUCUCAACAUCUUCUACUAUUGUUGAGAUAACUACAAACCAUACUAAAACAACUACUGUAGGUAAAACCCCAACAACAAUUACAACUGUAGCUAUUGGCCAGGCAACUACACCUUUGGCUUCUGAAACCACACUGACAACAAAUCAUCCAACAGCCACUACACUGACAGAAACCGCAACACCACUUCCAGUAACAUUGACAACUACUGGUGAGACAGCUGCGACUGUCAUUUCCACAACAUUAAAUCAACCAACAAACACUAAUGUGGGGGAAACAACAACGAUUCUACCUGCAACUAUUGGUGAGGCAACUUUAAAUUUGGCUCCCACAAUCAUGAUGACAACACCAACCAGUAAAAUCCAUUUAACAAUUACAACUAAGCCUGAAACAACAACAGCACUUCCAACUACAGCUAUUGCUGUCACAACUAAACCUUUGGCUUCUGAAACAACAUUGACUACAAAUGAUGCAACAACCACUAUUGUAGCUGACACCACAACACUUCCAAGAGUUACUGGUGAGUCAACUUUGACUACUACAUCACUUUCAACUACAGGACCAACCAAUAGAACUGAUGCAACGACCACAACUAUGCCUUAUCUCACAACAUCUUUGGGUGCAACAACAAAAACUGUGGCUACCACAAGCACCCUUGCAAUGUCCUUAACUGUAGCACUAAUGUCGACAACUAAUGCAACAUCUAUGGCUGACAACACCACAAAUAUUGGUGCAACAACAACAACUCUGGCAACCACUAACACUCUUCCAACAUCCUCAGUUAUAGCACGAACCAUAAGUAUGCAUGACACCACAACUAUUGGUGCAACAACAACAAAUUUGGUUAACACAACCACCCCUCUAACAUCCUCAACUGUAGCACCAUCAUCAACAACUGAUACGGCAACCAUAGCUAUGACUGAAUCUACAACAGUACUUCCAAUAACAACUAUUGGUGCAACAACAACUUUGACUGCCAAAAGUACACCUCCAGCAUUUUUAUCUAUAGUACCAACAUCAAAAAUUGAUGCAGCAGCCACAACUAUGUCUGAAAUAACAACAGUGUUUCUAACAAAUGCUACUAUUGUUGAGACAACUAGAAAUUUGGUUUCCACAAAAACAAACAAUCCUACAACAAUUACUGUGGCUGAAACCACAACAUAUCUUCCAAAUACAGCUACUGGCAAGACAAUAAAAACUUUGGCCACAUCUCCAACAUCCUUAACUAUAGCACAAACCUUGACUGCCACAACCACCCCUUCAACAUCCUCAAAUAUAGCACCAAAAUCAACAACUGAUGCAGCAACCAAAACUUCACCUAAUACAACAACAGUACUUUCAAAAACAACUAUUAGUGCAACAGCAACAACUUUGGCUGCCAAAAGUACCCCUCCAACAUCCUCCUCUGUAGCACCAACAUUGACAACUGAUGUAGCAAUCACAACUAUGCCUGAAACAGAAACAGUACUUCCAAUAAAAACUUUUGGUGCAACAACAAAUUUGGUUACACUAUCUGUUCUAGCACCAACAACGACAUCUGAUGAAACAAACACAACUUUGCCUGAAACAGCAAUGGUAUUUUCAAAAACAACUAUUGUUGCAACAACAACUUUGACUACCACAAGUACCCCUCCAGCAUCCUCUUCUUUCGCACCAACUUUGACUACUGAUGCGGCAGUCACAACUAUUCCUGAAACUUCAGCUGACCUUCCCACAAGGACUAUUAGUGCAACAGCAACAACUUUGGUUAACACAAGCACCCCUGCAACAUCUUCAAUUGUUACACCAAUGUUGACAACUGAUGGAGCAACUACAACUAUUCCUGAAUCUAAAACAUCUAUUGGUGUAACAACAAUAACUUUGGCCAACACAAGCACCACUGCAAUAUCCUCAACUGUAGCACCAACAUUGACACCUGAUGCAGACACCACAUCUAUAGCUGACUCCAUAACAAAUAUUAGUGCAACAACUACAACUUUGUCUACCACAAGCUCCUCUCCAAUAUCCUCAGCUAUAGCACAAACAACUAAUGCAGCAACCACAACUAUAGCUGACACAACAACAUCCAUUGGUGCAAGAACAACAACUUUGGCUACACCUAGCACUCCUUCAACAUCCUCAGCUAUAGCACGAAACACAACUAUACCUGACACCACAACAACCAUUGGUGCAACAACAGCAAAUUUGGUUAACACAAGCACUCCUCCAACAUCCUCAACUGUAGCACAACUGUUGACAGCUGAUUCAGAAUCUACAACUAUGCCUGAAAUCAAUACAAGUAUUGGUGAAAAAGCUACAACUUUGACCCCCACAAGCACCACAACCCCUCCAACUUUGGUGGAGGAGUCAGUGACAACAUCAUCCACGAAUAUUCAUCCAACAAGCACAACAAUGUCUGAGAGGAAAAUUACUACCUUUGGUGCAUUAAAUGCAGAUAUAACUGAUUCAACAACCACACCUAAUUCUAAAAUCACAACAACUAGUAGAGAAACAAUUACAACCAGAAUGUCCUCCUCAACAUUGGUGGAAGAGCCAACGACAGCACAAUCACAAGCUACAUCUAAUUUAAAUACAACAACAUUUCCGGGGUUUACAACAACAGCUUUGACUAAUCCUCAGACAGAAAAUAAUCCUACAAUGCACUUCCCAACAUCUACAGCAGUCCUUGGCAAAACAAGCUUACCUCUAAUGAACAGAACUGGUUCAGCACUGGUUACAAGCAAACUACAGUUCAACUCCGCAUCUCCAGUCCCCAGAGAAACUCAGGUCCUCAGUGUUAUCAACACUCUUCUCAAAUCCAGAGAUUCACAGCCCAACAAAUCAGUUCAAGUGCUGAAUGUCACCUAUAAGAAUAUCUCAGAGACCUCCUAUGCAAUCAUUUUUACAUUUAACCUGAUUGACAUUAGUAUACCAGAGGACCCUGAGCUAAAGAACAACACCUAUCAGCACCUGCAGAAUGUUAUCAAUAAUGUGUUGAACACACUUCUGAAUGAACCUGGCCGUCAGGUUUUUAAAGCCAAGUCCUCCAAAUUCAAGUGCACAGAAAACCACAUUGAGGGCAGUAUGGAAUAUAUCUUUAAUAGCAAAGAUCAACCCACCAUUUUGUUAAAGGAGCUUGAUUUACAGAACAGCUUAAUAACAACGACCCUUGCAAAACCAGGCACAUCUACAACCACUAAAGAAACUACAGCUUUGAUUGGGAGGGUGAUUUUUUACAUUCGGCUCAUUUUUAUCACACGGGGCCCCAUACCAAGUGAGAGCCAUGUUCAACAUGUGGUCAACUUACUGCUGGCCCCACGUCUCAGAGCUAAACAAGACACAGCACAGACCCUGAAUGAUCCUGUGAGCUAUGUGAAUGCCAGCUAUGAGAAAAUUGCUGAUAAUUCAUAUGCCCUCAAAUGUGGAUUUGAGAUCAACAGUCCAUCAACGGGAGAGAAACUUGAACUCAGGGAUGGCAACUACACAUUCAUUCAAAACUCCAUAAAAAGAAAGCUGAACCAGAUCUUAAGUGACUCUGACACUUCUGUUGAGUUCAACAAAGCCAGUUUCACGAAAAAUUCCAUGGAGGUCAUUGCUGAUAUUGACUAUAUUUUCCGGCAACAAGACAUCAAGUCACCCAGUGACUUCCUCCAAGGACUUCUCAAAGUUACGAAUAGCUUAACAACUCCAGCUCCAACAGGGAAUAAAACAACUCAGAAACCUGUACAAACACCAAAUGUGAUUGGGAGGGUGAUUAUUCACAUUCGGCUCAUAUUUAUCACACGGGGCCCUGUACCAAGUGAGGCAAAAAUAUUACAGUUGGCAAACUCUCUGCUGGGCGCACGUUUCAGAACUAAACAAGAACUAAGGGCACAAAGCUUAGGUACCCCUGUGAGCUUUGUGAAUGUUACUUACACAAAAAUUUCUGAUACGUCAUAUGCCCUGAAUUUUGGAUUUGAAAUCAACAAUGUUACCAUGUCUCAGAAACUUGAACUCCGGGAUACCACAUAUAAAUUAAUCCAGGACACUAUAAAUAAAUUGCUGAACGAGAUCCUAACUGAGCCCACAGCCACUCCAUUUGUGUUCAAAGAUAGCAAUUUCACGGGUAAUUCCACCACUAUUCAGGCUGAUGUACAGUAUGUUUUCUCAGAAAGCGACAUCCAGAAACCAAGUGCCUUUCUCUAUGCACUUGUUGUGGUUAAUAAUGAGACUAUUAUCACAACUACACCUGCUGCAACAAGAACCACCUUUUACUCCACAGUGCUGAGCACUACAAUCACAAAUAACGGCACUAAUGCAGCAUGGGUUGUGGCCAUUAUUGUCCCCUGUGCUAUUGCCAUCAUCCUCGUACCUUGCUGGAUUCUCCUUUGUUGUUUGCUGUGUGGUUGCUGUACAGCAUUAAGAAGACGAUGGUCCAGAAGACAGUCGUACAAUAUACAAUACACCACUCGAAACAGCCUUUUCUAGAGAGCUCGAGACACAUCAGGAAAAUGACUAAUUACUUAUAUUACUAAUCCAAAUUGUGAUGGUGGUACUUUAAAGUUUACAUUUAACUUUCCAUAAUGAUUAUGAUAUCUUAGAGCUUUUAUAAUGCACUAUUUAUUUU